AUGAAAUCCUUUGAGCAACUGGUGUUGGCCCACCUGAAGAACAUCACUGGACCCCUGCUAGACCCCCUGCAGUUUGCCAAUAAAGCUUCAGGCGUCACGUGGGUGGUCUCAUGGAGUCUUUUAAUAAUAUGUGGCAAUCUUCUUGUGAUAAUCUCUAUCAUUUAUUUUAAACAGCUCCACACUCCUACUAACUAUCUUAUCCUCUCCCUAGCAGUGGCUGACCUGCUAAUAGGCGCUUUAAUGUUUCCUUUUAAUAUGGCAUUAUCUCUAACAACAUGCUUGUAUCGGAACACUUUAAAAUGCUUAAUACAAAAGACCUUUGACUUUACAAUCAGUUCCUCUUCCAUUCUAAACUUGUGCUGCAUUUCGAUUGAUAGAUAUUAUGCAGUGUGCCAUCCUUUAAUAUAUAAAACUAAAUUAACCGAUCAUGUUUCCAUGAUGAUGGGCCUGGGGAGCUGGGCUGUUUCAGUUUUAUUUGGAAUUUUGUACUUUGUAAUUGAAUCUUCUUAUGAUUUUUGUAACAUAGAGUGUUUUGCCCUUAUUGGUAUUCUAGGUUUUUUAACAUUUUAUGUCCCAACAAUAAUAUUGUUUUGUGUCUAUUCUAAAAUUCUACUUGUUGCACUGAAACAAGUAUCCAGCCUCCAGAAUGCAAGCUCUCAGUCUGGACCAGUUGCCAGUAAGAAGGAGAGAAAGGCAACCAAAACAAUGGCUAUAGUCAUGGGAUUAUUUAUGAUAUGCUGGCUGCCUAUUUUUAUCGCUUACCCCUUUCGGCCUUUGAGUAACAUUGUUGUUGAUUUAUUUGUGCCUUUUAACUGGUUUGCACUUUCAAAUUCAAUGUUCAAUCCAUUUAUUUAUGCUUUCUUCUACCGCUGGUUUAGAUCAGCUUUCAGGAUGAUAAUUUCUGGAAAAAUAUUUCAAGUUGAUUUUGCUAACACAAAUCUGCACUGACUGUUCACAUGCAUUACAAUGAAUAUUAACAAAGAUGUUCCAUUCUGUCUUCUGUACAGUAUUUGUUUCAUUUUUAGUUGUAUUUUAGUAUUUUUAGUUUCUUAGUUAAGUGUCCACAAUAUCGUAGAACAUCUAUUCUCUAAAUAAAGUUUCUAGCAUCCAGUCCCAGUCAGGAUCAGUUGCCAGUAAGAAGGAGACAAAAGCCACAAAAAAGAAUGGCGAUAGUCAUGGGAUUAUUUCUGACAUGCUGGCUGCCUCUUUUUAU